CUGGCUUAUAGCUCCAAUUUGUGAUACUUUAAACUAUCCAAUCCAGUUGACAGCUGUGAUGAACGUUCUCCUUACGAAAGUCGCGCUUCUUCUCUUUCUGCUUUGUUAAAUACUAAUCCUGUUUCCAAGCUACAUGGUUUGAAAACAAUCAUGGCCAAACCAUAUGAGUUUAAUUGGCAGAAGCCAGUGCCCUCCUUUAUGCAAGAAGGGGCUGUGUUCGACAGAUAUGAGGAGGAACCCUUUGUGCUUGAACCUAACUGUCUGUUCAAGGUAGAUGAGUUUGGCUUCUUCUUAACGUGGAAAAGUGAAGGGAAGGAAGGCCAAGUUUUAGAAUGUUCCUUGAUCAACAGUAUCCGAGUAGGAGCAGUCCCAAAGGAUCCCAAAAUUUUGAGUGCUUUGGAAGCUGUUGGCAAACUGGAAAAUGAACUGGAAGGAAAGAUAGUUUGUGUAUGCAGUGGUGCUGACCUCGUAAAUAUCAACUUCAUUUCCAUGAUAGCAGACAGUGUAGAAACAGCUAAGCAAUGGACAGAUGGCUUGCGAUCUAUUAUUCAUAAUUUCAGAGCGAAUAAUGUCAGCCCAAUGACAUGCCUCAAGAAACACUGGAUGAAACUGUCAUUUCUAACAAACACCAAUGGAAAAAUUCCUGUCAGGAGUAUUACUAGGACAUUUGCUUCAGGAAAAACAGAGAAAGUGAUAUUUCAAGCUCUUAAAGAAUUAGGUCUUCCCAGUGGAAAGAAUGAUGAAAUUGAACCAGCAGUCUUCACAUUUGAGAAGUUUUAUGCACUAACUCAAAAAAUCUGCCCGAGAACUGAUAUAGAAGACCUCUUCAAAAAGAUCAAUGGCGACAAAACUGAUUACUUAACCGUAGACCAGUUAGUCUGCUUUCUAAAUGAACAUCAGCGAGAUCCACGGCUGAAUGAAAUUUUGUUUCCUUUCUAUGAUACAAAAAGAGCAGUGCAGAUAAUCGAAUCAUAUGAGCCAGAUGAAGAAUUGAAAAACAAAGGUUGCAUGUCCAGUGAUGGGUUUUGCAGACACCUGAUGUCAGAUGAAAAUGCACCAGUCUUCCUAGAUCGCUUGGAAUUGUAUCAAGAAAUGGACCACCCUUUAGCACAUUAUUUUAUCAGUUCCUCACAUAACACAUAUCUUGUGGGUAGACAGUUUGGAGGAAAAUCAUCUGUGGAAAUGUAUCGGCAAGUCCUUUUGGCUGGAUGCAGAUGUGUUGAGCUGGAUAUAUGGGAUGGAAAAGGAGAAGAUCAAGAACCAAUAAUAACUCAUGGAAAAGCUAUGUGCACAGACAUUCCAUUCAAGGAUGUCAUUCAAGCCAUCAAAGAAACAGCAUUUACAACUUCUGAGUAUCCAGUUAUACUUUCAUUUGAAAACCACUGCAGCAAACCUCAGCAGUUCAAAAUGGCAAAAUAUUGUGAAGAAAUAUUUGGAGACUUGCUACUGAAACAGCCAUUAGAAACACAUGCACUGGAACCAGGUACACCACUGCCGUCACCUAAUGACCUCAAAAGAAAAAUCCUCAUCAAAAACAAAAGGCUAAAACCUGAAGUAGAAAAGAAACAGCUUGAAACAUUUAAACAACUAAUGGAAACUGGAGAAGCAACUGUUCCUGCCAUCUUAGAAGAUGAGAUUGAAGAAGAAAUAGAAAAUGAUAUAAUUGACAUAGAGGAAGAAGCCCAUCCCGAGUUCAAGUUUGGCACUGAACUCUCUGCAGAUGAUCUUGCUCAAAAGGAAGCACAACUAAACAGUGUGAAAAAACCGAUUGAAGAUUUAGAACAAGAUAAUAAAAAGGCUGUUGAAGACUUAGAACAAGAUAAUAAAAAGGCUGUUGAAGAUUUAGAACAAGAUAAUAAAAAGGCUGUUGAAGAUUUAGAACAAGAUAAUAAAAAGGGCUCUGUGACAGUGGAAGAUGAACAAGCCUGGAUGGCAUCUUACAAGUAUGUGGGUGCUACAACAAACAUCCACCCCUAUCUAUCAACAAUGGUCAACUAUGCUCAGCCUGUAAAGUUUCAAGGUUUCCAUGUGGCAGAAGAACGUAACAUCCAUCAUAAUAUGUCAUCCUUCAAUGAAUCAGUUGGACUUGGGUAUUUGAAGACUCAUGCACUUGAAUUUGUAAAUUACAAUAAACGACAAAUGAGUCGAAUAUACCCCAAGGGAGGUCGAGUGGAUUCCAGUAAUUACAUGCCUCAGAUCUUCUGGAAUGCUGGCUGCCAGAUGGUCUCAAUGAACUUUCAGACCCCAGAUCUGGCGAUGCAAUUAAAUCAGGGAAAAUUUGAGUAUAAUGGAUCGUGCGGGUAUUUGCUAAAGCCUGACUUCAUGAGACGCCCUGAUAGAACAUUUGACCCAUUCUCAGAAACUCCUGUAGAUGGUGUGAUAGCAGCAACCUGUUCUGUUCAGGUCAUAUCUGGUCAGUUUUUAUCAGAUAAAAAAAUAGGCACGUAUGUGGAAGUUGACAUGUAUGGUCUGCCUACUGAUACAAUACGUAAAGAAUUCAAAACACGCAUGGUAAUGAAUAAUGGUCUGAAUCCCGUUUACAAUGAAGAACCAUUUGUAUUCAGAAAGGUCAUCCUGCCAGACCUGGCAGUGCUGAGGAUUGCAGUCUAUGAUGAUAACAACAAGUUAAUUGGUCAGAGGAUAUUACCUCUUGAUGGUCUUCAAGCAGGCUAUCGACACAUUUCUCUAAGAAAUGAAGGCAACAAACCUUUGUCUUUGCCAACUAUCUUCUGCAAUAUUGUUCUGAAAACCUAUGUGCCUGAUGGAUUUGGAGAUAUUGCUGAUGCCUUGACAGAUCCAAAGAGGUUUUUAACAGAAAUGGAAAAGAGAGCUGAUCAAAUGAGAGCUAUGGGUAUUGAAACAAGUGACAUAGCAGAAGUUCCAAGUGACAACUCAAAGAUAGAGAAAAAGGGAAAACCUAAUCAAGGCAAGACUUCUGGAAUACCACAAAGCACUUCUGACCUUAGACAAAACUCAUCUUCUAGUCAAGUAACCGGGAAUGACACCAAAAAAGACACAAGUCUGGUGCCUCUGGCGAAGCUAGAAGAUCUAAAGCAAAUGAAGGCCUACUUGAAGUUAUUAAAGAAACAGCAGAAGGAGCUAAAUGCCAUAAAGAAAAAACAUAUAAAGGAACAUGGUGCUAUGCAGAAGUCACAGUGUACACAAGUAGAAAAAUUAAUAGCACAGCACGAUAAGGAAAAACUGAUAUGUGAGAAGAUUCUUGACAAAGCAAUCAAGAAGAAAGGAGAAAGUAAUUGUCUUGAUAUUAAAAAAGAAACAGAAAUUAAAGUACAGGCAUUAACGUCUGACCACAAUUCCAAGAUAAGAGAAAUUGUAGCACAACACACCAAAGAGUGUUCAGAGCUGAUUAACUCACAUGGAGCAGAAGAGCAGGAACUCCAGGAUCUGCAUCUGAGCCAGCAAUGUGAACUACUGAAAAAACUGCUCAUUACUGUGCACGAACAGCAGGUGCAACAACUCAAGCAAAUCCAUGAGAGGCAAAGUAAGGAAAUGCGUGCUACCCAGGCAAAGACAUCAAUGGAAAAUGGCAAAGCUAUAAGCCAGGAUAAAUCCAUCAAAAAUAAAGCUGAACGGGAGAGGCGAGUUCGGGAACUGAACAGCAGCAACACAAAGAAGUUUCUAGAAGAAAGAAAAAGGCUUGCAAUGAAGCAGACAAAAGAAAUGGAGCAACUUAAAAAAGACCAACAUGAGCAGCUUGAAAGUUUGGAAAAGCAGAACGAGCAGCUUCAGAAACAUCGUCAUGCAGUAUCUCACUGUCAAGGCCAGGGAAAUGCAGAGGAUGGUGAAGCUGGAGGCAGAUCUGGAUCGUAGACCAGCGACUGUAGUAUAAAGCACUUCCAGGCCAAAGGAAACCAGCAAUUAAACUAGAUGAAGAGCAGCGGCAAUAUAUAAACUGUAAACACAAAUGAAGACAAAUCUUUGUUUCAUUUAUUUGAGAGAGCUGUAAUCAAAAGUCAUCUCCGUGAUGACUCAUACAUUUCCCUGUAAUGUUUUGAGCACUGAAUUUCAUUUGCCAAUUUUAAUGACUGUUAGAAAAAAUAGCAAAUGCAUGGCACAAGAAACUGUUACUGAAACAAGUGUUCUAAACCUCAUUUCUAAGUGUUAGACACACUUGAGGUCCUAUGUAUUCAGGUAUCUUGUAUCUGCAGCUGGGCAGCACUUCUGAUUCUUUUGUUUUUUAUGAUCUCGGCACAGAAUGGAAUACAGUGUUUUAUUUUUUAUUGCAGAAUUUAAAAACUUGAGUCUAGUACUCUGGAGAGUGUUGUUCACUCACACAAAAUGACAAGACAUAUGUGGUCUGGAACCUAUUUAUAUACUUUAUUUGAUAUAGUCUGAUGUUUCAGGACCCUAAAUCCUUCAUCUGGGCUAACUAAGAUCUGUUUAUACGCCACCAUAAUGAAAUCUCUCUCAGCAACAGCUCCAUAAUGCAGAAGUAAGCCGUUCAACAGCAUAUAAAUGAAAAGGUGGGUUAAAGAUGUCUGUCUGAUGGUACAUAUCUAUGCACAAAAGGAGCUAUCCCAAUUCUGCAGCUAAGGGUCAAAGAAGAAGGGAUACCAUGACUGACUGAGCUAGGUUUGAUGGCUGAUACGCUAAAUGAAAACUUUGCUCCAGUGAUAAUGAAAUGUAUGCUUGGGCAUUGGGUGUAUUAUUAGGAAAACUAAUGUCACCUUGGACAUUGUAGUGUUGUUUGAAAAGUAUGUGUACUGCCUUCAUUCACUACUUAAGAAUAUGUCAGGUCAGGUAACCCCUAGUGUCUGGGAAGCAAAAGCAUAUAUGGGAUUAAUUUGUUUAAACUUGUAUGAAAUAGAGUUGCAAGUAGAGGUUGAAUACCCUACCCAAGACAUGUUAUCAUAGCAAUUUGACAGUUGCGUCAGUUAGUGUCUUGAAAUGCAUAAAGGAGGACAAAAUAUCUGAAAAGUUAUGGUCAUUUACCUUUAUAGUCCAUAAGGGGCAGUCCAGAAAAAAAAGACCUAUUUACUUUUAUUGAAGAUUAUUCAAGAGCUGCAAUUAAUUGGUGAGGAACAUUAUCCCCAAGUAUUUCUGUAAGUACCUUAAUAGCAAAAUUAUGUGAAUUUUCUGAGAAAAUAAUGCCAGAGUUGUGUGUAAUAUACCCAAAUGACAAAGAGUUGAAGCUGCUAAUUGGGUUAAAACAGAAGGCAAGGGAUUCCAGUGGGCAGACCUUCCAAUCCAAAGGCUGACAUACCUAGUAUAACAUUUUCUUCUAGUAGCAGCAUUAGAGCCACUAGCUAUUCAAAAAUUUCACCAUUAUUCAAAAAUGAGACAUAUCUUAAAGGACGUUUAUAGCAUCAUUGUCAAAGAGGUUAAGCCAGCUACCUUAGAGUGCCUACCAUGUUUUUGGAGAGACAUAAUCAAUCCAAAAAUGUCUAUACUUAAAAUGUUGAAUUUCAUAUAUACAUAACAUGAUAAAUGGCAUUCUUGUAUGCUUUAAGCCAAUGGUAUGGGACUCAAAACCUAAUUAUUUAAAUUGUGUGUGCUUACUCGGGAAGGCCUAAAUGUUUAUUUUACCUUUGAUGUUUGAUAUUACAUGUGUUUUUUUAUUUUACUUAGUUUUAUUCAUGUACACAAAGGUCUAUAAAUUGAUUUUAAGGUAAUUAGAAGAGGAUAGAGAUAUUUACUCUCACCUGAAUGAGGCUCAGUGUUAAAGUCUAAAAAAAACAUGGUUUUAGAACAGAGGACAAUAAUGUAGUGUAGUGUGCCCUCAUAGCUCACAUGUAGAAAUAAAAGAAUAUAUAGUAAAGCAGUCAAAAGGAAUUCAUCCCUAAAGCAUCUGGAGAAACUUUAAGAUCAAUUAACAUUGUCAAAAUUCUGAAGUAACACAGUCAUCAUUGCAGAACAGAAGUGCUAAACAAUUUUAUCCAGCAUCAGUGUAGUGACACAUAUUCCCUCUUGAUAUAGGCAGCGCUUUCUAUUGACAGCAUUUGCAUGUAUGUUGCAUGUGCAGUUGGUGGAUCCAGCACCCUUCCGUGUAUUUUUGCACUGCCCUCUUCCAUUAACUCCAUCAUUUUCCAGUAGUCCCAUAUCAUUUCUGUUUUUGGUAAAGGCAACAUGCCAGUAAAGUGCAUUUUUUAGAAAAGAAUAUAAUAUGACUACAGAUAAUCUAGUGUAGUCAGUACGAUAACACCACUGAGUAACCUAACACAUAAAGUAUGGCAGUAUUUAAUGCUAUGAAUGCUUCACAUUUUAUGAAAACAUUUAAACUGCAUCCUUUUACAGACAGAACAAGGCUAAAAUCUCCUUCAGUUUUCAGGACUAUCCAAUUGUCUCUUAAACAGUGAGUGGAGUCUUCACAACUCUUUACAGGGACCAAGUUCAGAGUUACCUCCUGGAUAAUAUCUAUAGCUUCUGCAUUCACCUAAGAGAGCAAGAAUAUUGAGGCAGUCAGCAUUUUCACAUAAGACAACUUCAGUAAUCAUUGGUUUGCAGAAAAAAGCAGUGAUGGAUGAUUCAUGAAAUUUGUCCCACAUUUACCCCAGAUUUAUUACCAUACUACCUCUGAAACAAACUUGCCAUUUGAAAAUUUAAUUUGUUUUAGACAACAGAUGUUUCUUCCUGUUCUUUAAAUUCUCAAGUUGCAUUUCAGUGAUGCUUGGUAAUCACUGACAUGAGGGAGCACUUGAUGUGGGUCUCACAGAGGGUCUGCAUCAUAUCAUCGAAGGUUCAACUCAGCGAACCUCUGUUUGUUGAACCAAAAACAGCAAACGUUCACAUCAGUGAAUUUUUUACACAGGGAAUAGAGUUAGUUGACCAACAUUGCAACUGUCACACACAUUGCACUAUGUCAAACCUACCCAGGUGGGGGGCUGUGCCCCCACACUCUGCAAUGUUGGGAGCUACACCCCUCACACACCCCCUACCUAUAUAUAAGAACUCUGACAUCAUACUGCAGUGGGAAAAAGGACAAAUUUCCUGAUGUUGGCCAGCUAACGCCAUUCCCUUUGUAAAACAUUUGCUGAUGUGAAUGUUCGCUUAAGUGAAUGUUCACUGUUUUCGGUUUGACGAACGGAGGUUCGCUGAGUUGAACCUUCAAGUUACAUGAUAUAGGCCCAUGUCACAGCCUUGAGAAGUGUUUCAGCCUUGUAUUUGCAGAAACUGGGCUGCCAUAAACUGCCCUGUAAUGGACAGGAUAGCAUGUUCCCUUAACAUUCGUCUUCAAAAAAAAAAUAUGAAAGACUUUAUAAUCCUUGCUCAUUGUUUCUUUUUGGAAAGAUACAUUAAACAGCAUUAGCAUAAGGAUAUUCAGCAGGACAUGAGACAGGGACAGUUGCUGAUGCAAACAAGGCUUGUAAGGACAAGAGCAACAGUAUCAUUACUUAACUAUGCAGCACUUUUGAACCUACCAAAAUUUAAUCGCAAAACACAUUCCCUGUCCUUUAACUGGAAGGCCCAUAUUUAUAAUAAUUGUGAGGCUACAUUAAAUAUACCAUCCUUUUUUCCUGGGUGUAAUGCUUGUAUACCUCAGAUAUGUUAGGCAUAAAAUAGAAUGUUUUGGUUUUGGUAGCUCUCACCUUCUAAUGUUUUCUCACAUCAGCAAUGAAUACCAUUGACAUGUAGUGCUUAACUAUCAAUGUGUACCUUUUUAUGGAACUUAUCAGAUGCUCAUAAGUCUUAUGAAUCCUCUAUUGUAUAUGUAGAUAUCACUAGACAGAAAAACGUUAAAAAAAGAAAUACAGACAAACAGAUAGGGACAACUAAAUGCUCUGGUUCUCUUUACUGAACCAUUGUAAAAUAAAAGUUUUCAGGAAAUAAAAAAACUCCUUAAAGGACUGUAACUUUAUUCCACAUACUAUGUUGUGGAUAAGUAUUUUGAUUAUCUUGGACCUCGGUUUCCUCUUCUUACCAAACAAGGGGAUGAAUAGUCACAGUGUACUCUUUUAGACUACUAUACCCAUUAAAACAUUUGCUUAUAUCCUUUGCUAGAUAGUAAUGGCAAAGUUCAAAUUCAGGUUUAAGUGCUUGGCAUCUGUCACUGUAAAUAAAACAAGAUAAAACCCAAACUAGUACACAUCAAAGGUUUUACCUUAAUGAUGUUAAUGCAUAUGAAAAGUAAUAUUAUAAUAUAUGCUAAUAGUUACUAAAAGCGCACCUAAAAACAUGCUGGCUAUGCCCUUGCAACUCCCACUCUAAAAUCACCCUCCCCAUCCAACC